AUGGCCCAAUCCCACCGGAACAGCAUGCAUGGUGCCCCUGUUCAUAUGGCUGCCAUGCCCACAUUCCGAAACACGGCCCCGAUCAAGCCAUAUGCUUUUACGAGUACACCAAGCCUCAAUGCCACGGGGCAACGGCAACAGCCCGGGUCAAGGACGUCUUCGGCAUCUAAUGUACCAACUCUGCGACCUACCGAGCCAACUUCCAGUGGAGGCAAGAUCUCAUCUUCAAUGGGCUUGGGCGUGACUGGAUCGCGGGAUGACCUCUCCAUUUCUCGGCCACGAUCGAUAAUUCCCGCCGAGCGCCCGCAGUCGGCAUACAUGGCAGGUUCCACUACGCAACUGUCCUUCCCACAGGCGGCUCCCGUUCGUCCAUCCCCGAACGCUACCGACGACCUGCUAUGCACCAACCUAGUCGCUCGCACGGCUCAGCGACCCCAUCGGGUUCAGGCAUGA